AUGCUCCCUUCCCAGACCUAUGUCAACAUCUCCUUCUUCCAGCCACAUGCCUUCCUGAUGAUUGGCAUCCCAGGGCAUGAGGCUGUUCAUGGAUGGAUCUCUAUCCCCUUCUCCUCCAUGUACACUAUGGCCCUCACUGGAAACUGCCUGAUCCUCUUGGCUGUGAGGAAGACUCCCAGCCUGCACCAGCCCAUGUACUACUUCUUGUCCAUGCUGGCCCUCACCGACGUGGGCCUCACCCUGUCCACACUGCCCACCACCUUGGGUGUGCUCUGGUUUGACCACAGGCUCAUAGGCUUCAAUGCCUGCCUGGUCCAGAUGUUCUUCCUCCAUUCCUUCUCUGUGGUGGAGUCGUCGGUGCUCCUGGCCAUGUCAUUUGACCGCUUUGUGGCCAUCUCGAACCCUCUUCGCUAUGCAACUGUCCUCACCAAUAAUGUCAUCAUCAGGAUCGGGAUCGCCAUUGUUGCUCGGGCCACUGUAUCCCUCUUUCCAGGGCCCUUUUUACUGAAGCGACUGAACUUUUGUCCUGGCAAGAUUCUCCUGUCCCACUCCUUCUGUUUCCAUGCAGAUGUCAUGAAACGGGCCUGUGCUGACAUUACUGUCAACAUCCUCUAUGGGCUCUAUGUAGUUUUAUCCACAGUGGGUGUAGAUUCUUUGCUUAUUUUCCUGUCCUAUACCCUUAUUCUUCGUACAGUGAUGGGUCUGGCCUCUCCCAGGGAGCGUGUCCGGGCCCUCAACACAUGCAUUUCUCAUAUAUUAGCUGUUCUGAUUUUCUACAUCCCAGUCAUAGGAGUGUCAAUGAUUCACCGUUUUGGCAGGCACCUGCCUCACAUUGUACAUGCUCUUAUUGCCUAUGUGUACCUGGUGGUGCCCCCUGUGCUCAACCCCAUUAUUUACAGUGUGAAAUCCAAGCCCAUCAGGGAGGCCAUGCUCAGAUUACUGAGAGAGAAGAGGCAAGGCUGA